CUACCCUCGAGGCCAGUACGGAGAUUUGUGGUUCGAUUGAUCUCCCUGUCCUCUCAAUAUAGUCUGCCUACUUCUUGACUGCACUUUCAAUCUCUGUCGUCUUCCUCGACGUUCGACGGCCGCCUGGCUCAAAAGGAGCACGCUGGGACGGUCCCAAGCAAGGUUGCAUACUCUUGGUUCCACCACCGUAUAGAACAAGAGAAGUGGGCUGGUGCCGGAUUUGAUAGCCUCGAAGGCUGCGACUCCUGGACUCGGCGAUACUCACCACCGACAUGACAUGCUUGCUAAGGGAUGUUUCGAAGACUCGCCUCAUAGUCUCGCCCCCAAAUCCGUUAUCGUGAUCUCACGUUUCCUGUUAGCCAGACCUCCACUACUGGCAGGUAUGCCUUUCGCGUGUUGAAACCUGCUAUGGGCAACAUCGGCAGGUCCAGUACUGGCUGUGCCUUAUGUCGCAAGCGCAAGGUCAAGUGCGACGAAGGCAAGCCAGGCUGUAAGCGAUGCGCGCAGGCACGCAAGACUUGUCCAGGCUAUCCUCAAAUCCAAUUGCAGUUUCGUUCCGACUUCGCGUUUCCAGUUCGAGACUCUAGUGGGAGAGUGCAUGCGGUCGGCCCGACUUUACCGCCGGUUCGAACUUACAGUGCUAGCCGCCCGUCGGAUACUGAAGACGAAGAAGAGCAGGACAAAAUCAAGACUGAGCGCCUCUCCUCGCAGCCGAGUUCGUCCACGCCAGCACAGGCUCAACGUUCAAUUUCCCCAGCUCCGCGGUAUGAUGUCCACCAUCAGUCACUUUGCUUCUUCCUCAACUUGUUCUGCUUCCAAGCAGGCCGACUUUAUUCGUUCCCCGUUCUUGAUUUCUUGCCGGAUGUGCUGCAAAAGGCCGAUCCUUCUUCGAGUAUACAUCAAGCAGCAAUGGCGGUCUCACGGUUGACAUUGGCCGAUCAGUACAGUGGAAAAGACGUCAGGCUACAGACCGGUCGAGAGUAUGGUCAGGCUUUGGCCUUGACUAACGCGACGAUCCGUGAUAGUGCGGCUAGCAUACAAGAUGAGACUGUGCUAGCUGUGUGGCUACUCGGCCUGUACGAGCACAUCAGCGUUCUUUUGACACAUGGUCGGAGAACCGCAGAAUCCAAGACCCCAGAGGAAGAAUGGCACUCGCAUUUGUCUCAUGUUCGAGGUGCCAUGCAUCUUUUGCACCUUCGGGGAAUGUCACAAUUUACCAGUCCUCGUUCGGAAAAGAUAUUCCGCAUCUUCAAAGCAGCAAUUCAAAUGCGUCUGUUCAUUUUGACUCCUGUAACAUACAAGGACUUUGACGACCUGGAAAUCGAUGUGUUCAAGGAGGAACACGAAUUCGUACCAAGUCAGACAGCCAACAAAGCCACGGCUUACUUUCAUCGCGUCGCACGACUACUAGAAAAGAUCAGAUACCUCCUGGCGCAAAAGACUGACGAUCUAGCCAAAAGAAUGGCCGCAGCCGAAGAGUUGCUCCACUACGGCGAGUCACUGGAUGAAGCAAUGACCGGAUGGAGCAAAGACGAGCCCGGCUGGGAUAUCAUGAGAGUGCGCUGCGGAACAGCGGGCACUAUGUGGGCGCUUUAUCCUUCCCAUGCACUCUACCACUUCUACAGUUUCUGGGUUUACCUUUAUUGGAUACGCUUCCUCUCAGCUCGGGUAAAGCUAUAUGAGGGUCUGAUCGAGUUGCAGAGAGCCCUGACCGAGGACUCAACGGGCCGUCGCACUCCGUCUGCCGCCACGAACCUGAAAAUCUCGAAAUAUCAGACCAUAAUACAGAUGACUGCUUCGGAACUCAUUGGAUUGACUGCUUAUGCUCUGGGCGACGUGACCCCUACCGGAGGUUUUCAUUCUUCGGUAUCAGCGCGGAACCCACGACGGGGCUUUCAAGAAAUUAACGUCGUGGCAGCCAUGCAGCUGGUGAUUCCUCUGAAAAUGCUUCAGCGUUCGGAGUAUCCAAUGGCUACACAGAAAGGGGCGGUCGAUCUUGCUAUUUCUCACAUCGGCGAUGGAUUCCGGCGACAGCCACUGGUUUUCCUUUAAGGGGCAUCCUUCCGCUUUACUGUAUCGCUGGAUGGAAUCUUGGUCGGUGGUGUGUUAAGGGAGGAUCCGGGGUGAUGAUCUUGUGUUUACGCAAUACUGUUGUCUUGCAAGAUACAUGAUCCAUGUUAGUAAUGAGAUACCACGUAAUUACAGAAGCGUGCAGGGCAGGGCAGGGCAAGUGGACUUUCAAUCUGCAUCCAUGUCG